GCGGCGGCGGCGGCGGCGGCGGCCGCCGGCGCCCGCACGCCAGGCCGCUGCGCCAUGCCGGACCGCGUGCACCACAUCAGCCUGCACAACUUCAGCAGCGCCGUGCUCGGCGAGCUGAGCGAGCAGCGCCGCCGGGGCCACUUCUGCGACGUGUCGGUGAGCGUGCAGGGCAGCCGCGCCAGACUGCGCGCCCACCGCUGCGUUCUCGCCGCCAGCAGCCCCUUCUUCAAGGACAAGCUGCUGCUGGGCUACAGCCAGGUGGAGAUCCCGGCGGUGGUGACCCCGCGCUCCGUGCAGCGCCUCGUCGACUUCAUGUACAGCGGCGUGCUGCGCUUCCCGCACGGCGAGGCGCUGCAGAUCCUCACGGCCGCCAGCAUCCUGCAGAUCAAAUCCGUCAUCGACGAGUGCACGCGCAUCAUCGCCAGCAGCGUCGCCGCGCGAGUCACCUCGUCCGACCGCCGCGGCGGUGCCGCCGCCGCGGCGGCCUCCUUCGCCGGCGACCGGUGCUCGACGGAGCCGGCCGGAGGCGACGGGGAGGCCGGUCGAGGUGCGCCGCGUAACGGUAACGACGACAGCGACGAGGAGGAGGAGGAGGAGGACGACGACGACGACGAAGACAACGAGGCGGCGGCGGCGGCGGCGUCGACGGUGCUGGUUCUCGAGUCGGCGCAGGACGGCCCGGGUUUCGUGACGGCGACCAAGGGUCACCAGCAGCACCACAUCCGGCAGCAGCAGCAGCAGCAGCAGAAGAUCAGCCUCGGCGCCAUAUCCGAUGGGCGCCAGCUGUGCCUCAGGGCCGCGGACGUGCCAGACGGCGAGCCGGCGCAAGCGCUGGCGCACGGCGGGCACCCGCGCAACCGGCCGAGCGGAGGCGGCGGGGGCCCCUACGCGGCGUUCGCGGCCACGGCGGCGGCGCUGCGGAACGCCGGCGUGGUGCCGCGCAACAGCUGCGAGAUCGGCAUGGAGGCGCCGGCGGUGGAGGAGGAGGGCGGCGCCCGCGGCGAGCGCGGGGAGCCGGACUCGGCGCAGGGGACGCCGGACUCGCCGGGCUCCCCCGCGCAGAGCGCCAGCGACGGGGAGACGACCGCCGCCGCCGGCGCCGGCGGCGGCGGCGCUGGCGCCGCCUACUACACCACCGCCUGCUACGGGCAGCCGAGCAACGCCGGCACCGCCAACCAGCGGCGCUACUACAUCAUACAGUCAGGACGCGCGUGGCCGGAGACCGGCGCCGGCGUGGGCGACGACGGCGCCUGCUCCAUGGAGGGGCUCUGCGGUGCCGGCGACGAGGAGGAGGAGGAGGAGGGGGGGGGGAGGCGGCCGUCCGACGGCGCCCGGAGGCGGCGCUCGCCGUCGUCGUCGCCGCGGCGCAAGCACGAGUCGCACUGCCGCAAGCAGCCGCGGCCGGUGCGCAUCCCCUCGGUCGUCAUCAAGCAGGAGGCGGUGGACGAGGAGGAGGAGGCGGGCGAAGGCGCCGCCGGCAGCGCCGGCGGCUACUACUACGACGGCACCGGGAGGGGCGGCGGGCGCGGCUACGGCUUUGGGUACGCGCGGCGCUACCUUCCCCCGGGAUACGAGGCGCCGGAGAACGGGCACCGCUGCGACGACGCGCCGGCUACGAUGAUGAUGACGGACGACGAGGAGAUGGCGCGGCUGCCCCGCGGCGACGGCGGCGGCGACGACGACGACGAGAUGUGCGCCACCGGGGCUGAGCACGACGAGGAGAUGGAGGGGGAGGACGGCGCGCGGGACGCUGGCAACCACCGGGCGUUCGACGGCUCCGCCAGGGAGGAGUGCGAGGACGAGGACGAGGACGACGAGGACGACGAGGAGGACGACGGAAGAGGGGGUGGGAACGGCUACGAAGAGGACGACGACGACGCGCCGGCAGAAGACGGCGCGCUCAGGGCCGAGGAGACGUUCGAGGGCUGGCCGCUCGCGCCGCGCGGCACCUCCGACGGAGGGACGUGCGCCAACGUCGCCGGGCGCAGGGCGCCGGGCGCCGUGUCUCUCGAGCGCCGGCUGUGCCUGCUGGCGGCCGAGAACCGCCUGGCGCUGUCCAGGACCGAGCCGGGCGGCCCGGGCGGCAGCGGCGGCGCCGACGGCGGGGAGGCGUUCGCCGCCCCCGCCGCCGUCGCCGGCGGGGGCCGCGGCGCGUCGGCGCCGGCGACGCCGACGGCGGCGGCGCCGGCCGCUCCCCCCGCGCUGGAGUUUGCGCCGGCGAUGCAGGGCCGCGCGCAGUGCGUGGCCUCGCAGCUCUACGUGGUGAAGCGGGAGGGGGGCGACGGCGGCGCCGGCUGCCGCGCGGCCGGCCUCGGGGUGCCGCUGGCGCUGGGCGGCGGCGGCGGCGGCGGCGGCGGCGGCGGGGGCGUUGCCACGGCGACGCCCGCUUGCCCACCCGGCACCACGCCGGUGGGGUACUUCCCCGCCCUCUUCGCGUCGCACUCUUCGGCGGCGGGCUCCGGCGCCAAACUUUACCAGUUCUCCGUUGCUCAGCCGGCGCUGUCUGGGCACCACCACCAUCAGGUGCAGCAGCAGCAGCAGCAACAACAACAACAACAGUUGGAUUCCCAUCAAACCUUGCAGCAGCAGCAGCAGCAGCAGCUGGGACGUACGUCACUGACUGUGGACCAGCCGUUCACGUCCUUCCUAAGUCUGGGGGCUCCGGGGGCACUGGCUACGUACAGCAGCCACCACAUAGCAGGCGGCGCCGCAGGCACAAGCUCCCACAACCAGGGGCUCGGCCAGAUUCUUCAACAGCACCAGCAGGGUGGCUUGCAGCAGCAGCAGCAGCAGCAGCAACAGCAGCAGCAACAGCACGGGCCACACCAGCUGCAGAGGUUGCUGCUUCCGUUCUCGGUGCAGCAGGUGGGAGCCGCGGCAGGCGCUGCGGGCGGCGGCGGCGGCGGCGGCACGGGUGGCAUUGUGGGUAACGCGGCACGGUCGAACCUGCAGGGCUUGCCGCUGGUGGUGCGCCUCGGGGAGAAGAAGCCGUACGAGUGCACGCUGUGCAACAAGACGUUCACCGCCAAGCAGAACUACGUCAAGCACAUGUUUGUGCACACAGGCGAGAAGCCCCACCAGUGCGGCAUCUGCUGGCGCUCGUUCUCGCUCAAGGACUACCUGAUCAAGCACAUGGUGACGCACACGGGCGUACGCGCGUACCAGUGCGUCGUCUGCAACAAGCGCUUCACGCAGAAGAGUUCCCUCAACGUGCACAUGCGGCUGCACCGCGGCGAGCGUGCCUUCGAGUGCGCCGUCUGCCGCAAGAAGUUCUCGCACAAGACGCUGCUCGAGCGCCACUCCACGCUCCACUCGGCGACGGCGGUCCCGCCACCGCCGCCGUCUCUGCCCGCCGCCGCGGUCGGCGUCGUCACCGGAGCCGCCGCCGCCGCUCCUUCGGCGCCGCCGUCGCCCGCGCCUUCGUCGCUGAUGUCGUCGGCGGCGCUGGCGGCGGCGUUGGGGCUCCCGCCGGUGAUGGGCGCCGGUGUGGCGGGGGGUCACCGCGACGCGGCGGCGGCGGCGGCAGCGGCGGCGUCUGCCGGAGCAGCUUUGGCCGCGCCGGCUUCGUCCGUCGUGGAAAUAUCGCCGAACGGCAACAGCGGAGUUGUGGGUAACAGCGGCAAUGGAAUUGUGGGCAACGGCAACAGCAGUAACAUCGUCAUUAAUUUGCUCAGCAGCAGCAGCAGCAGCAACAGCAACAACGUUGGAAGCGGUCAUUACGUGGCCUCCGGCAACGGCGUAGGCAGUAUUCUCACGGUGCCGGGAGUGGCAAUUUUGCCGCCGCCGCCGCCGACGUUGUCAACGUCGUCAUCGUCGUCAUCGUCGUCCUCUUCGUCGCUCAGCGAGGAGCCGCGUGACGUUCAGGCGCCCGCCACGUCGGCGUCGUCAUCGUCGUCCGCGCCACCGACGUUGCCCCCGCUGCCCGCGCCGUCCGGCGGGGCGUGCCCGCCUCCCGUCCCGUGCGGCGACGAGCGGUGCGACGUCGGAGCGCCGCCGCCGCCGCCGCCACCGCAAAUUCCACCGCCGCAAACGCCGCAACUGCCAGCUUCACCGUGCCUCCCACCGCCCGGCGCGGACUGCCGCCCUUCUCCCCCUACGGCGGUGGCGGCACCGCCACCGCCGCCCCCCGUGGCACCGCCGACGCUCCUGGUAUGCUCCGUGUGCCCCGCCAAGUUUCAUUCGCUCGAGAUGUUCAACGAGCACGUGCGCAUGCACGUCACGAGCGGCUAGGCCGGUGGAUCUGCACUUCCUCCUCCUCCUCCUCAGACAGGGAGAGGGUAGGAGAGGAGCGAGCGAGCGAGCGAGGGAGAGAGGGAUGGAUGGAGAGGAUGAGCGAUACGUCUUGAGGACCCAUCGCAACAGAUCUGCAGACGCUCUCCAAAGCGACGCUGGGUGGGAGCGAGAGUGACUGGAGUCAUUCUGUCGUCACAGUGGAGUUUUUUUUUUAUUUUCGUGGGGGGAUUCGGUUUUCCCUAUUUAUUUCAAAAAAAAAAAAUUGUUCCCAUUUUUAUUUCCUUUUUUUUUUGCGAGAUUGAAAGAAAUAAUCCCGCAGGGUUUUUUUAUUUUGUUCUCAAAAUCGGUCAGAAAUGUGGAUGGGGGGGGGGGUGGGGUCGGUGCCUUUCUCUCAUUUCAUUCACGGGGAGCGAGCGAACGAGCGAGGUGGAGUGUGAGCGAGCGAACGAGCGGGGUGGAGAGCAAACGUACGAGCGAGCAAACGAGUGCCUUGUGGGUCAUCUCACUUUGCUGCGACGCGACAAGGAACUCGAAGCCUCCGCCCCGGUCACGCCUCACAAGGCCGGCCGUCGCUCCGCAACACCGGCGAUUGUUCCCGCUCGCGGGCCGGGAGCGGUAGCGGCGAGAAUUCCACGCCGGGUCCCCCCCCCCACACUCUCUCUCUCUUUGACGCUUCUGAUGAACGCACGCGCCAGCGGUUAACAUAAUUAUAACAGUUAAUCCUAAUUUAACAAACGCUAUCGAUUCCGACAACGGCAUUGGGCUCAUUUUUCCCCAUCACGUCGUGGAAACUAUCUCUCGAAUCGCAUCACGACUUUUUUUUUGUUUUGGCUUGGGAGUGGCUCCAGGGGAAGAUCCCGCACGAGGGAUUUGCUCUUUUGGUUUGCCUGGAUGAUGACGCUGCCUCGUUUUAUUCCGGUGUAGUCGGCUACAAAAAAUGCCUGCUUGGGGAAUUAAAAUAAAAAACUUAAACAAAUACGAUAUCGCAACUAAAAAAGCUAGUUUUUAUUUCACCAGGUAAGGCCCACUGAGCUGUAAGAGCUCUUUUUCAGAAGCAACCUGGUUAUCACGAAUGAUUGCUCAACAAAGUGGCUUAUCACUUGGAAAUUUACGUGCCGGCCAAACGCUCUAAAAUGCGUGAUUUUGAUUCCAGCUGUGGAGGGGAAAACCGGAGGACCCGGAGAAAAAUCCACGCGACCACGGGGAGAGAGAGUGACAGUGCAAACUCCCAAAAUAUACAGCAGCAGCAGCAGCAGGCGUCAGGGUCGGGAUCGAACCCACGACCUCCUGCACACGAGGCCGAGGGGGUUAACGUCUCCUCGCCACCGCGGCGCGAUAUGGCAGAGCGGGGCGUGCCCGGGAUGGUCGUACGCGGGCACGUUGCCGGUUGCUUGCGAUGGCGGCAGGGGCGGCAGCAGAUCCUCAUGCGAUCAAAAAAAGAUGAAGCGGCGACGUUUUUCGAGCCCGCCGGCCGUAGCAAUGUUAACGGGGUACGUGGACGAACGUGGCGUUACUUUCGUCCGUUCGGUUUUUCUUCAGUGUUAACACGUCAUUCCCCCCCCCCCCCCCGCCGCUUUUACUUGAGGUGCCGCACAGCGGUGCCUGCCCGUAAAGCGGAAACGAACGAAACGUUUUACGAAAGCAGAGAAAAAAGAAAUAACACUUAAGAUUUAAUUUAAAAAAACGCUACGGUUACCAGCUUAACGUCUGCUAAGUGUGGGUGUUCAGUGACCGCGCAGAGUAUAUAUUUUCAGAGCGUUAGUUUAGAGGUGCUCAUUGGAUUUUAGCUGGCUAGUCUUGUGCCUGAAUAGCAUUUUCUAUAAGGCGGCGGUGGUGGUAUGAGCCACACAAGGCAAAGUCCUAUGGGUCCCGGUGGCUUUUGCAAGUGUUUCCCGUCAGUGGCUCUUGACCGGGUGACUUUCGUGAAGUUACCCCACCCCCCCCCCCCU